AUGAAUAUUUUAACGGGUAUCAUCAAUAUAACCUCCUAUUUGGUUAACAUUCUGUUCUUGGUCGUUGGCACUUUGCUAAUUGUACUGGGAUCGAUUAUGCUCUCAUAUAUCAAUGCCCUGCCCGACUAUGAUUCUUUGAUCUCCUCGAAUGGUAUACCCAUUUGUAUACUUGUCUUGGGAGGCAUUAUACUCAUAGUAUCCUUUAUUGGUGUCUGGGCCAUAUAUCGUCAAAGUGUUACCCUAACAGGAACGUACACCAGCUUGGUCUGUCUGUUGUUUAUACUCCAAUUGGUGAUGACCUGUUGGGUGUUUGUGAAUCGCACAGCCUUUGCCCAGGACAUGAGUGCACUGGUUACCAAAGUGUGGAAGAAUAAUGAUGAAGCAAACAAUUAUCCCAUGGGUGCCUUAGAGCUGGCAUUCGAAUGCUGCGGCAAUACUGGAUGGACAGAUUACGAUGCCCUUGGAGAGAAUAUCCCGGGCACUUGCUGCGCCUAUACUGAUCGCACUUCUACCUGCUCGGCCUCAAUUUAUCAAUUGCGUUCGGGUUGCAAUGCAAAAUUCACCAGUUUCUGGAAGGAUAAUACCAAUACAAUUGGAUGGGCUGGUGUCGGUCUGUGCAUAUAUGAAUUGAUUGUCAUUAUAUUGGCUGGAGCCUUGGCUUGGCGUCAACGAAAGGCCAAUGCCGAGGAGGAGGAAGAGUAA